ACCAGGCUCCGAGCCCCGGGCUCCGCGGCUCGGGACACGGCUCCGGCGGCAGCAGCGGCGGGGGCGGCGAUGUUCCACUGCAUUCCCCUGUGGCGGUGCAACCGUCAUGUGGAGGCCAUCGACAAGCGCCACUGCUCGCUGGUCUACGUCCCCGAGGAGAUUUACCGCUAUGCCCGCAGCCUGGAGGAGCUGCUGCUGGACGCCAAUCAGCUCCGGGAGCUCCCCGAGCAAUUUUUCCAGCUAGUCAAAUUACGGAAGCUUGGACUCAGUGAUAAUGAAAUUCAGCGGCUUCCUCCAGAAAUAGCAAACUUCAUGCAGCUGGUGGAGCUCGAUGUGUCUCGAAAUGAUAUUCCCGAAAUUCCAGAAAGCAUCUCCUUCUGUAAAGCCCUGCAGGUAGCCGACUUCAGUGGAAACCCCCUCACCAGGUUGCCAGAGAGCUUUCCCGAGCUACAGAACCUAACGUGUCUUUCUGUAAAUGACAUCUCACUGCAGUCUCUGCCAGAGAAUAUCGGGAAUCUUUAUAACCUGGCUUCACUGGAACUGAGAGAGAAUCUUCUCACGUAUCUUCCUGACUCUCUCACCCAACUAAGGAGACUAGAAGAACUUGAUUUAGGAAAUAAUGAAAUCUAUAAUUUGCCAGAAUCAAUUGGGGCGCUCCUACAUCUGAAGGAUCUCUGGUUGGAUGGAAAUCAACUGUCUGAAUUACCUCAGGAAAUAGGGAAUCUGAAGAGUCUGCUCUGCUUAGAUGUCUCUGAAAACAGGUUGGAAAGACUUCCUGAAGAAAUCAGUGGCCUGACCUCGUUAACAGACUUAAUCAUUUCCCAGAACCUACUGGAAACAGUUCCCGAUGGCAUUGGAAAACUAAAGAAACUGUCAAUCUUGAAGCUCGAUCAGAACAGACUCACAGAGUUGCCUGAAGCAGUUGGGGAUUGUGAAAAUCUCACGGAAUUGGUUCUUACAGAAAACCGUCUCCUGACUUUGCCUAAGAGCAUUGGAAAACUUAAGAAGUUGAGCAACUUGAAUGCAGACAGAAAUAAACUGGUGUCUUUACCAAAAGAGAUUGGUGGGUGCUGCAAUCUGACCGUGUUCUGCGUGCGGGACAACAGGCUGACUCGAAUACCUGCAGAGGUAUCACAGGCCAUGGAGCUUCAUGUCCUAGAUGUGGCAGGGAACAGGUUGCGUCAUCUACCCCUGUCGCUGACCACCCUGAAGUUAAAGGCCCUGUGGCUCUCUGAUAAUCAGUCGCAGCCUCUCCUCACGUUCCAGACGGACACAGACCGCACCACAGGGGAGAAGAUCUUAACAUGCGUCCUUCUUCCUCAGCUGCCUUCCGAACCUAUCUGCCAAGAGAACCUGCCUCGCUGUGGUGCCCUGGAAAGCCUGGUGAGUGACGUCCCUGAGGAUGCCUGGAAUGGCCGCACAGUACACAGAGUUAGUGCAAUCCGGUUUUUGGAAGAUGAGAAGGAUGAAGACGAAAGCGAAACGAGAACUCUUCAGAGGCGAGCCACGCCACACCCAGGGGAGUUAAAGAACAUGAAAAAGACGGUGGAAAAUUUACGGAAUGACAUGAAUGCUGCUAAAGGACUGGAUUCAAACAAAAACGAGGUCAACCACGCCCCUGACCGAGUGACGACGUCGGUGUAGCAUUCGCCUCUGAGUUCGACCUGCUGUGUCUUCCCUGCUGUAGAGAUGUUCCUGUGCGCCCGAGGAACCUCCUGCAGCCCUGUGUCCACCAUCCCUGUGCCAGGAUGCUGCUCUCGCACAAAGUGCCUUACGCAUCCCUCAGUCACGCAUCACACCUGUUGUUUCCCAACCUCAGUUGUUCCUAAUAAGUAGAAUACACUACUGUCAACCUCUGA